GGUAGGCACUGUCUCCUCGCGCGCUGCGGAUCUCGUGGUAAGAGGGGUCACACUAGUUUGGGGUGAUGUCACACUGGCUGAGAUGCUGGCAGCCACCAGACUCCGGUAAACCACCGCCGAGCCUGCUGUGCGGAGGGGGCGGGGGACCUGGUCUCCACACUUAGUCCACGCUGGCUCCCAACAGAUGCCAACCCACUCCCGUGGCCGGCGGAAUGAAGCAGUGAGCCCAGCCUGCUCGGUCCUCCGUACUUCCGCCUCAGUAUGGCAUCACAGCUGCAGGUGUUUUCCCCCCCAUCAGUGUCGUCGAGUGCCUUCUGCAGUGCGAAGAAACUGAAAAUAGAGCCCUCUGGCUGGGAUGUUUCAGGACAGAGCAGCAACGACAAAUAUUAUACCCACAGCAAAACCCUCCCAGCCACACAAGGGCAAGCCAGCUCCUCACACCAAGUUGCAAAUUUCAGUAUUCCUGCUUACGACCAGGGUCUCCUCCUCCCAGCACCUGCAGUAGAGCAUAUUGUUGUAACAGCUGCUGAUAGCUCAGGCAGUGCUGCUACGUCAACCUUCCAAAGCAGCCAGACCCUGACUCACAGGAGCAACGUUUCUUUGCUUGAGCCAUAUCAAAAAUGUGGAUUGAAAAGAAAAAGUGAGGAAGUUGACAGCAACGGUAGCGUGCAGAUCAUAGAAGAACAUCCCCCUCUCAUGCUGCAAAACAGAACUGUGGUGGGUGCUGCUGCCACGACCACCACUGUGACCACGAAGAGUAGCAGUUCUAGUGGAGAAGGGGAUUACCAACUCGUCCAGCAUGAGAUCCUUUGCUCUAUGACCAACAGCUAUGAAGUCUUGGAGUUUCUAGGCCGAGGAACAUUUGGACAGGUGGCAAAGUGCUGGAAGCGGAGUACCAAGGAAAUUGUGGCUAUUAAAAUCUUGAAGAACCACCCCUCCUAUGCCAGACAAGGACAGAUUGAAGUGAGCAUCCUUUCCCGCCUAAGCAGUGAAAAUGCUGAUGAGUAUAAUUUUGUCCGUUCCUACGAGUGCUUUCAGCACAAGAAUCAUACCUGCCUUGUGUUUGAGAUGUUGGAGCAGAACUUGUAUGAUUUUCUAAAGCAGAACAAGUUUAGCCCACUGCCACUCAAGUACAUCAGACCGAUCUUGCAGCAGGUGGCCACAGCUUUGAUGAAGCUUAAGAGUCUUGGUCUGAUUCAUGCUGACCUUAAACCUGAAAAUAUAAUGCUGGUUGAUCCAGUUCGCCAACCCUACCGAGUGAAGGUCAUUGACUUUGGUUCUGCUAGUCACGUUUCCAAAGCUGUGUGUUCAACCUACCUACAGUCACGCUACUACAGAGCCCCUGAAAUUAUUCUCGGACUACCAUUUUGUGAAGCUAUUGAUAUGUGGUCACUGGGCUGUGUAAUAGCUGAGUUGUUUCUGGGAUGGCCUCUUUAUCCUGGUGCUUCAGAAUAUGAUCAGAUUCGUUACAUUUCUCAAACACAAGGCUUGCCAGCUGAAUAUCUUCUCAGUGCCGGAACAAAAACAACCAGGUUUUUCAACAGAGAUCCUAAUUUGGGGUAUCCACUGUGGAGGCUCAAGACACCUGAAGAACAUGAAUUGGAGACUGGAAUAAAGUCAAAAGAAGCUCGGAAAUACAUUUUUAACUGUCUAGAUGACAUGGCUCAGGUAAAUAUGUCUACAGACCUGGAGGGAACAGACAUGUUGGCAGAGAAGGCAGAUAGAAGAGAAUACAUUGAUCUGUUAAAGAAAAUGCUGACAAUUGAUGCAGAUAAGAGAAUCACUCCUUUGAAAACUCUUAACCAUCAGUUUGUGACAAUGACUCACCUUCUGGAUUUUCCACAUAGUAAUCAUGUUAAGUCUUGUUUCCAGAACAUGGAGAUCUGCAAGCGGAGGGUUCACAUGUAUGACACAGUGAGUCAGAUCAAGAGUCCCUUUACUACACAUGUUGCUCCAAAUACAAGCACAAAUCUAACCAUGAGCUUCAGCAACCAGCUCAACACAGUGCACAAUCAGGCCAGUGUUCUAGCUUCCAGUUCUACUGCAGCAGCUGCUACUCUUUCUCUGGCUAACUCGGACGUCUCCCUACUGAACUACCAGUCGGCCCUGUACCCCUCGUCUGCAGCACCAGUUCCUGGAGUUGCCCAGCAGAGUGUUUCCUUACAACCUGGAACCACUCAGAUUUGCACUCAGACAGAUCCAUUCCAACAAACAUUUAUAGUAUGUCCACCUGCUUUUCAAACUGGGCUACAAGCAACAACAAAACAUUCUGGAUUCCCUGUGAGGAUGGAUAAUGCUGUGCCGAUUGUACCCCAGGCGCCGGCUGCUCAGCCACUACAGAUACAGUCAGGAGUCCUUACACAGGGAAGCUGUACACCACUAAUGGUAGCAACUCUCCACCCUCAAGUAGCCACCAUCACACCGCAGUAUGCGGUACCCUUUACCCUGAGCUGCGCAGCCGGCCGGCCGGCGCUGGUUGAACAGACUGCUGCUGUACUGCAAGCAUGGCCUGGAGGAACUCAACAAAUUCUCCUGCCCUCGACUUGGCAACAGUUGCCUGGGGUAGCUCUACACAACUCUGUCCAGCCUACAGCGGUGAUUCCAGAGGCCAUGGGGAGUGGCCAGCAGCUAGCAGACUGGAGGAAUGCCCAUUCUCAUGGCAACCAGUACAGCACCAUCAUGCAGCAGCCCUCCUUGCUGACUAACCAUGUGACAUUGGCCACUGCUCAGCCUCUGAAUGUUGGUGUUGCCCAUGUUGUCAGACAACAACAAUCUAGUUCCCUCCCUUCAAAGAAGAAUAAGCAGUCUGCUCCAGUCUCUUCCAAAUCCUCUCUGGAAGUUCUCCCUGGGUCCCAAGUUUAUUCUCUGGUUGGGAGCAGUCCUCUCCGCACCACGUCUUCAUAUAAUUCCCUAGUCCCUGUACAAGAUCAGCAUCAGCCAAUCAUCAUUCCAGAUACUCCCAGCCCUCCUGUGAGUGUCAUCACUAUCCGAAGUGACACUGAUGAGGAAGAGGACAACAAAUAUAAGCCCAAUAGCUCGAGCCUGAAGGCAAGGUCUAAUGUCAUCAGUUAUGUCACUGUCAAUGAUUCUCCAGACUCUGACUCUUCUCUGAGCAGCCCAUAUUCCACUGAUAACCUGAGUGCUCUCCGGGGCAAUAGCGGACCACUUCUGGAGGGACCUGGCAGAACUGUGGCAGAUGGCACUGGCACCCGUACCAUCAUUGUGCCUCCGUUGAAAACACAGCUUGGUGACUGCACCGUAGCAACACAGGGUCCAGGUCUCCUUAGCAGUAAGACCAAGCCAGUGGCCUCAGUGAGUGGGCAGUCAUCUGGAUGCUGUAUCACCCCCACAGGGUACCGAGCUCAACGAGGGGGGACCAGCACAGUGCAGCCACUCAACCUUAGCCAGAACCAACAGUCAUCGUCAGCUCCAACUUCCUCACAGGAGAGAAGCAACAACCCUGCUCCCCGCAGGCAGCAGGCAUUUGUGGCCCCGCUCUCCCAAGCCCCCUACGCCUUCCAGCAUGGCAGCCCACUACACGCGACAGGGCACCCACACUUGGCCCCAGCACCUGCUCACCUGCCAAGCCAGCCUCACCUGUAUACGUAUGCUGCCCCCACCUCUGCUGCUGCAUUGGGUUCCACCAGCUCCAUUGCUCAUCUUUUCUCCCCACAGGGCUCCUCAAGGCAUGCUGCAGCCUAUACCACCCAUCCUAGCACUCUGGUGCACCAGGUCCCUGUGAGUGUUGGGCCUAGCCUCCUCACUUCUGCCAGUGUGGCCCCUGCUCAGUACCAACACCAAUUUGCCACUCAGUCCUACAUUGGGUCUUCCCGUGGCUCAACAAUUUACACUGGAUACCCGCUGAGUCCUACCAAGAUCAGCCAGUAUUCUUAUUUGUAGUUGAUGAGCACCAGAGAGGAGGGUUCAUGGGCGCUUGCCACUGGCCCCGAGUUCUUUUCGGCUGUGGUGAGCACCUCCAUUAUCUUCUCUUGAAACUCCUUAGCCAGCAACUCGUUCUGCAGGGGCCCACUGAAACAGAAGGCUUUUCUCUGGGGAAACCUUUCUCAGUGUUGACUGCACUGUUGUAGUUUCCCAAAGUCUGCCCUGUUUUUUAAUUCUUUAUUUUUGUGACAGCAUUUUUGGGAUUUGGAAGCACUCAGAAGCCCAUCUUCUGCAGUUACCAAGGAAAAGAGAUCGUUAUGGUUACUCUAUUAGAUAUAGCUUGUCUCUUUGACUUGAUUUCUAUAAACGCUUUGAGAAACAAGUGAAGCCUUUCUUCGCUUAACUUUGUUUUAUGGUGAUUGCUGGUCAGAGGAAAAAUGCUCAUAGAAGGAUUUGAAAUCUGGUAACAAAUGAGAAAAGAAAAGUCAGUACUUUUUAUUUGUUUAAAAAUCAAGACUUCCUUGCCUUUUAUUUUAAAAGCAACUUAUACAAGUCUGUACUUCACUGUCUGGCAUUUCUUCUCAAAAGUUUAUCUUUGUUUAUGGAACAUUUAAACUUAAAAUGUUUCAGUUUUUCUUUCGUAUUACAUUAUACUUAUUGGUCAGUUUUUAUUUUAUGCAAAACUGGUUAAGUAUUGAGAAUUUCUCAGUUGCUCCUGUGUUCAUUGCAGAGUGGUAUUAAAAAGGUAGCUUGCCUUUUGCUGGUAACUCAGUGAGAGAAUCUGCCCACCAAGAAUUCUUUUUAAAUGAAGCAACGUGAAUUCUUUUUUAAAUUAUUUUUUUAAAGUCCUCCUUCUCUUUCUGCUUCAACUUAAAUUUUAUUACUAAAAAAAGCCAUUACAGUGGUUCUAAGUGUAUGGUGGUGAUUUUACUAUAUGCAAAAUCUCUCUCUAGUAUGAGAUACUGGCAUUAACGAGCUUUGCCUAAAGAUUUCUAUGAAUUAUGAAUUUUCAAUAAUACACCUGUGUUUUCCUCAUCUCUUCCUUCUGUUUGAUGUGACUUAUUUGAGGAGUUAAAGAAACUAAAACCAGUAAAGAAAGUUGUUGUGUAUAGCUUUUAUACUUUAAGGUAGCUUCCUUUGUAUGCCAACAGCAAACUGAAUGCUCUCUUAUUAAGACUUAUAUAAUAGUGCAUGUAGGAACUGCAAAAAAUAUUUUAAAAGUUUAUUACUGAAUUUAAAAAUAUUUUAGAAGUUUUGUAAUGGUGGUGUUUUAAUAUUUUGCAUAAUAUGUACAUACUGAUUAGAAAAAUAUAACAAGCAAUUUUUCCUGCUAACCCAAAAUGUUAUUUGUAAUCAAAUGUGUAGUAGUUACACUUGAAUUCUGUGUUUAGUGUGUAUCUGGUCCUCCAGUGUUAUCCUGGAGACAGAAUUAAUGUCUUCAUUGUAUUUAAACCAAAAUGAGCUGAUACUUGUUGGAAUGUAUGUGAACUAAUUGCAAUUAUAUUAGAGCAUAUUACUGUAGUGCUGAAUGAGCAGGGGCAUUGCCUGCAAGGAGAGGAGACCCUUGGAAUUGUUUUGCACAGGUGUGUCUGGUGAGGAGUUGUUCAAUGUGUGUCUUUUCCUUCCCCCUCUCCUCCCUUCCCUUAUUGUAGUGCCUUAUAUGAUAAUGUAGUGGUUAAUAGAGUUUACAGUGAGCUUGCCUUAGAUGGACCAGCAAGCCCCAGUGUUCACUGGGAUUUAUCAGAACAAGUUUAGUAGCUGUGUUGUGUAAAUGCAUUGUUCUCAAUCUCCCUGCCAACACUGAAAAAUAAAAACAGCAGCUUUUCCUCUUUACUGACACUCCUAUCACAUUCCAUUUGGGAUCACUUAGCUCAGUUCUCACAAAAGCAUUUCCCCAUGUGGCUCUCUCACUAUGCAUUGCUACCUAGCUUCUGUGAGAGUUCAAGAAGCAGGUGAGAGCAGUCAAGCCAGUGCUAAAUAUGCAUAUUUUAAAAGUGUGUGCAAUCACUUAGGAUGAGAUUUGUUUUUUUCCUUUUCCCACGUGGUAGUCCUUCCUGCACAUAGUUGACAAGACUAGUAAAAAUAUUUACUUGUUUUCAAAAAGCAUGUAACAGAUAUGUUUAUACCAAAGAGGUUGUUGUAUUGCUUACCAUGUCCCCAUACUAUGAGGAGGAGUUUUGUAGAGCCACUGGUGACAAGAAAUUCACAGAAAGGUUUCUUAACCAGUGAAGAAUGGUAAGAAACCAUAGCCAGUUGAGUCACUGAGGUUUUUGAGGUUUCUUCUUAACAACUUGUAUUUUCUUGGGGCCCUUCAAGCUGUGAAGUUGUCCUAGCAUUCAACUCCUCCACGGAUCUGGGUCAAGUCGAAGGUACUAGGGAUGGGGACAUUCCUGCCUAUGAAGGAUUUGAGGCAAGAAGAUUAACCCUAAAGAUACAGAUGUGUGUUCCACCUGAAUUGAAAAUUACAUUUGAGUGGUAAUUCUAGGUUUGGUUCUGUAUAGAGAUGGUGUCAGGGAGGUGCAGGAUGGAGAUGGGAGAUUUCAUGGAACCUGUUCAGCAAGCUCUGAACCAGGUGAAACACUGAGGAGCUAUCAAUGAAUUUGGAGUUUCUUCAUCAUGGGGAGUAAGGGUUUCCAGGGUGGGGCAGGUAGUCAGUACAGCCUGCCAGCAACAUGGUGUUUUUUCUGUAUUUUCUUUAGUCAUUAUAUUAAACUUCGUGUUCAGCAUUCAAUUGGUCAAGAUAACCAAGCAGUUUGUGUAGUUUGUCAGUAGUGUUACACAGUUUUCUGGUCAGUGUGUGUGAUCUUUGUGCCUUGUUUUUCCCAAACACAUUCUGCUUUUCUUGUUUAAACACAGUUCUGGUUUCUAAUAAACAUUUUUGUACUUUACCUUUCCCCUACAAAGGACAAGAUUUAUUGUUUUUGUAGGAAUGAGAUGCAGGGAAAAAACAAACCAAUUCCCACCCUGUCCCCUCAUCCAGUAAGCAGUUAUUGAAGACAGAAGUCUUAAAUUCAAGGGAAAAAUAAUGUCCAAGAGCUGUAUCAUUACCUUAAUCAUCUGGCUAGCACAGCGGCUUUAAAAACUGCAGAAAUUGUCAGUCUGCAAACUGAGAUUUCAGAUUUACCAAGAUAACCCACCUGUGUUUGCUGAAUGUGGGCAUGCUGGAUGUGGCUUAAGAAUCUGUCCCUGGGGCUUAAGAUUGAGUGCUGGCCCUGACAGCAUGGGGGAAGGAAGCUCAGUGAGUAGUGCAGUGAGCAGCUGGCCUGGGUCACCAUUGCCUGACCUCAAACUGGCUUAAGGCUUUAAGCUCUCUUAGAACUUGCAUUUCUAGCUUUUCCCUUUCCAGGUGAGAGGAAGUGGAAGUGGGAGGCGCUGAGUAUAGCCACCUAGGCCAUUCAGGACACUUGAUCACUCCAGUUUCCACUAGCUCCCAGGAGAUGAUACCAAUUGUCAUGUUCAAUGAAAAUGCCAACAUCAGUAGUGAGAGCCCCAUUUCAAACAGUUCUGGUCAUUUUGAGCCUACUUUUGUGAUUGCUCAUCCAUCGUCCCCCACUAGAGGGACUAAGCUUGACUGUCAUUAGCCAGGCAAGCACAGUAAUGUGUGUUUUAUUCGGCAUUAUUAUGCAGAAAUCUACUAGUUGAGAUGGUUUGUUUUAGGAUAGGAAAUGAAAUUGCCUCUUGGUGACAGGAACGCCUGAGCCUGCUUCCAAUUUUGACUUUUUUUUUUUUAACUGAUGGAUGGUGCAGCAUGUCUACAUGAUUGUUUGUUGCUAAACUUUAUAUAAAUGUGUGGUUUCAAUUCAGCUUGAAAAAUCUCACUACAUGUAGCAGUACAUUAUAUGUACAUUAUAUGUAAUGUUAGUAUUUCUGCUUUGAAUCCGUGAUAUUGCAAUGGAAUUCCUCUUUAUUAAAUGUAUUUGAUAUGCUAGUUAUUGUGUGUGAUUUAAACCUUUUUUGCUUUCUCCCUUUUCUGGUUGUGUGCUUCAUUUUACAACAAGCUUCUAGAAACAGGUAGUUUCUGAAUUACUGAGCUAUGUUUGUAAUGCAGGUGUACUUAGGGAGUAUGUAAAAUAAUCAUUUUAACAAAAGAAAUAGCUAUUUAAAAUUUAAUACUAACUAUGGGAAAAGGGUCCAUUAUGUAAAACAUAGUUUAUCUUUGGAGUCAAUGUUUGUCUGUCUUUGGUUUUACAAAGUAGCUUGUAUUUUCAGUAUUUUCUACAUAAUAUGGUAAAAAGUAGAGCAAUUGCAAUGCAUCAAUAAAAUGGGUAAAUUUUCUGA